AUGGCAAACGACAACGUAAAGUUGACCUAUUUUGUGGAGCCCUUCUACUGGCCUAUGAGCAUGAAGGUUGGUGUACAUAUACUUUAUAGUUUAUUGAAAGAGCCAAAGUCUUGUGCAUAUUGUGGAUCCAAAAAGUUUGAACAUGAGCCUCCAACUUUUUGUUGUCACAACGGUGAAAUCCACCUAGCAGAUGUGAAUAUUCCAAAUGAAUUAUUUGCCCUUUAUACAAUGCAUACACCAGAGGCAAUUGAGUUCCGAAGCCACACCAGAAUGUACAACAGUAUUUUCUCAUUCACAUCGUUUGGGGCAAGAUUUGAUAAAGAGCUCGCAUCAAAUAGAAAAGGAGUUUUCACAUUUAGAGCACAAGGACAGAUAUAUCAUAAUCUCCCGGCUCUAAUUCCAAAGGAAAAUAAGCCUUCAUACUUUCAGCUUUACUUCUAUGAUACAGAGAAUGAGUUGCAAAAUCGAUUGGGAAUUCUAGACAAUGCAAAUAUGAGUGAAAGCACAACUAAGAGCUUGAUGGAUAUAUUACAAGGAAACCCAUAUGCAAAGUUCCUUCGCAAAUUGAAUAAUUAUCAAUCUUUUGAAGAAUUAAAGAUACUAAUAAAUAGUAACGUUGCACUAGAUCAACGUGUUUACAACUCACCAACAGCAGAUCAGGUGGCUGCAAUCUGGGUUGAAGGAAAUAAUGACAAUGCACCAUUUGAGAGAGAGAUUAUUGUCCAUGCACACUCAGGAGGAAGACAUCAAGUGAAACACUAUUUUGGCUGUUAUGAUCCACUGCAGUAUCCCUUACUCUUUCCAAAUGGAGAGGUUGGAUGGCAUCAAAAUAUUAAAAGAAGGGAUAAAAGGGAUAUCAGAGCUGCCAAUCAACAAAGAACUAUAAUACCAACUUCAAUAUCUCCACCUACCUUCACAUCUGCAGAAGACAUAUUUAACCGAGAAAGUGAAGGUCGUUUAUUCCAUCAAUAUGUUGUUGAUAUGUACAUAAAGCUUGAAACAACAAGGCUUGAUUACUUUAGAAAUAAACAAUCAGAAAUCAGAGCAGAGUUAUUCCAAGGCAUUGUCGACAGUGUAGCUGCCGGAGAAGCAAAUGCAAGCCAAGUGGGCAAAAGAAUAGUUCUUCCAUCAUCAUUCAUAGGUGGUCCUAGAGACAUGCGUCGUAGAUACCUUGAUGCAAUGUCAUUAGUACAACGAUUUGGAAAGCCAGAUCUUUUUAUAACAAUGACAUGUAAUCCAGAAUGGGAAGAGAUCAUUGAGCAACUACAUCCAGGCCAAAGCUAUAAUGACAGGCCAGACCUAACCACAAGGAUAUUUCGAGCAAAGCUCCAAGACUUGAAAGAUCAACUAUUUAAGAAGGAGAUCUUUGGGAAAGUUGUAGCACAUGUUCAUGUGAUUGAGUUUCAAAAAAGAGGGCUACCACAUGCACAUAUAUUAAUAAUUCUUAUUGGAGAUCACAAGAUCACAUUAUCAGUUCAGUAUGAUAAAUAUGUAUCUGCAGAAAUUCCAGACCAAUCCAAACACCCGAUCCUCUAUGAAUUGGUAAAAAAACAUAUGAUGCACGGACCUUGUGGAGAGUUGAACAUGAAGAACAGUUGCAUGCAAAAUGGAGAAUGCAAAUAUCACUAUCCUCGUGAUUUUAGCUCACAAUCAAUUCAAGCAAAAGAUGCUUACCCAAUUUAUAAGAGAAGGAAUGAUAACAAAAUAAUGUUGGUCCGCAAUAAAAUCCUUAAUAAUCAGUGGGUUGUACCUUACAAUCCAUAUUUGCUGACACGUUAUAAUUGUCACAUUAAUGUUGAAAUAUGCUCAGGCAUUAAAGCAGUGAAGUAUUUUUACAAAUACAUAUAUAAGGGUCAUGAUAAAGUGGUAGUAAACAUUGAAUAUAAUGAAGGAGGAAGACUUGUGAAUGAAAUCAAAAAUUUUCAAGAUGCAAGAUGGGUAUCAGCUCAAGAAGCUUUGUGGAGAAUAUAUGAAUUCUAUCUUAAUGAGAUCUACCCAGCUGUCAUCAACUUACAACUACACUUGCCGAAUCAACAAUUUGUUUCCUAUUGGAAAAAUCAAGACCUAUCGAAGCUCAUCCGCUGGGACCAUGUCCACAAGAUGAUGCUCACAGAAUUUUUUACCCUAUGUUCAAAAAUAAAAGAAGCCAACAAAUCAAAACCAAAAAAGGAUCAAGAAAAGGAGUUAUUAUAUUGUGAACUUCCCGAAUAUUAUGUUUGGGAUUCGACAACAAAAUGUUGGAGUCCAAGAAAACAGAGACAG